AUGCGCUUUGCUUCCCUCAUCAUCUGCCUGGCAGCAGUUUCGCUUGCUGCCCCAACAAGCUUCCUUGACGAUGCAUACAACUGGACUGAGGAAAUGGCAGAAUUCUACGGAAAAGUGAGCCAGUACAUCAACACCGCAAAACAUAACAUCAGAGCACCGGGGGCUUGCGAUGUCUCUAAGAUUGCCCUGCCUUCCUAUGCUUCGGGAAUGGCCAGCCCGUCAGGGCUAAAGCCAAGAUACGUUGCACUCGGUCGAGGCACGCAGAACUACACAUGUGCGGACUCUACUUCCAACUCCACACCCGCGGCUGUAGGAGCUGUCGCAAGACUGUACAAUGCCACAUGUAUUGCAGCCAACUACCCCGAUCUCCUGGCAAAGCUCCCCAACCUUGCCUACACGGUUUCCCUACCGACCAACGAAGAUGCCUCGUUCCCUCCCGCCAACCUCGACUUGAUGGGUCACCACUUCUUCACUGAUGUAACCCCCGAGUUCAACUUGAACACCACUCCCAAAAAGCAGAAUGGGAUUGUCAUGGCAAAGAAGGGAGGUGCAUUAGAUGCACCCUCAGGUUCAGUGUCAGGGCAGUACGGUGCUGUGCCUUGGCUCUAUCUCACUUCUACCGAUGGCACGGUGGGCAACUACAAGAGUGUCUAUCGAGUCAACACUGCCGCUGGAUCGUCACCAACGACCUGCAAGGGUAUGCCACUCGCAUUCCAAAUGCAAUAUGCUGCGGUCUACUACUUUUUUGGAGAGUAA